CUCAGAAAUCACACAAACCCAACCACAAAACCCUAGCACUGUAAGCCUACACCACCGCCGCAAGGAGGGGCAUACUGCCGCCGUCCGUCGCACUUAAAGUUCCCCAUCCGUCAUCUAGCUUCCCUCGUGCUCCAAGUCUUCAACCCCUGUUCGCUGUCACCGAUCGCGGUUGCUUCCUCGAGCUCCGCGUCCGUCGUCUUUGUCUGCUCAGCCGCGCUUCCGUCGCCGUUUGUUUGCCGUUCACGUUCGCGUUCGCUCGGCGUUCACCGUUCGCGUGCACUCGUUGUUCACCGUUCGAGUUCGCGUUCGUCUGGAAGCCACGUUGCUCUGCUUCAAACUCUGCGACCAACCCGCGUGCUCCACUCAGCCGUCGAACUGCUCUCUGUUGUCCCCGCCGUGAGUUCCCUAAACCCGCCACCAGACAAUACACUCACACAACAGACAACACCAAUACUCUUCUUCAAACUCUGCAACUUCUGAUUUUUACUACAAUAAGUAAUUAUUUGAUUUGGUAGUGGUUUGGAUUUUUUCAUAGACUAAAUUGAAGUUACAAUAGUUUUUUGUUCUCUUCUCUAUCACAUUGAAAUUAAUCUUUGGAUUCUCUUAUUUCGUGUUAAUUUUACCGCACUCAACAUGUUUGAUGAAAUGCUUUAACCAUAUUUCUGAUUGUUUUUAUAAUUUCUAGCUUUUAUAAUUUUUCUUGGUCAAGGUUAGUGGUCUGAACUCUAAAAUUUCAAAUUACUCAAAUAUGUAAUUUCUGAAAUUAGGGAUUUGUGAAUCUGAACUCUGAAGUUAGUGAUUGAUUUUUGAUAUGUUACUGAUUCUGUUCUAAUAUGUGCUUUUGUUACUGAUUCUGAAAUUGAGUAAUGGAUUUGUUUCUGAAAUUGAAUAAUGGAUUUGUUAUUGAUUCUGUUCUAUGGUCUUAUGGAUGAUUAUUGGAUUUCUAGCCGUUCUGUUGCUGUUUUAAUUUGGAUUAUGAUUUAUUGAUUUUAGUUAUGGAUGAAAGUAUUAAUCAAGAAGCAGUUGCUGAUAAUGCCUGUUUGAGUAAUAAUUCGUCUGCUAAUCCUCCUAAUUCAAAUGAUUCUGCUAAUUCUAAUCCAACUAGUGUGAAUAAUAAUUAGCCACAAGGUUCUUCUAAUUUAUGGAUUUUGAUGAUUGAUAAAUCUUGAUGUUGGUUUUUAAUAUUUAGAUAUUUCUUUUUACUAUUUAAAUUUUGAGAUUGUAUUUUGAUAAGAUCAUAUGGAUUUGAUUGAUGAUACUUUGUUGUUGAAUGCUAAUUUUUGUUGUUGAAUGCCCUGUUUGUUGCUGAAUGAUGAAUGCUGAAUGCUGAAUGCUGUUGGUAAUGGUGUUUUUGCUGUUGAAUGUCCUGCUGUUUUAUUUCUUUGUUUGUUGCUGAAUGUUGGUUGCAGAAUUUAGAUAUGGUCAUGUUGAUAAUUUUUUGAUUUUUCAAUGUGCUGUGGCUAGUCUUUAGUUUCGUAUCUGGUUAUGGAUACUUCUUUGUUUUGUAGUUGUUGGUUUUGUUUUGAUUUGUAGUUGGUUUUGCUUUGAUUUGUAGUUGCUGGCUCCUAAUUAUUGCUGGUUUUGCUGGCUUUGUUUGUUGCUGAAUGUUGGUGGCAGAAUUUAGAUAUGGUCAUGUUGAUAAUUUUUUGAUUUUUCAUUGUGCUGUGGCUGGUCUUUAAUUUUGUUUUAAUUAAUAGAACCUUUAUUAAUUUAUGUUAUGGAUAAUAGUAUUAAUCAAAUAGAGAUUAAUAAAACUUUUAUUAAUUUCGAAUGAUGCUGCUAAUCCUAAUCCUAAUCCACCGAAGCAAAUGUGCAACAAGUUCUUGCGAAUUUUGAUGAUUGAUAAAUCAUGAUGUUGCGAUUUAAUAUUUAGAUAUGUUUUUUUACUAUUUAAUUUUUGAGUUUGUAUUUUGAUAAGAUCAUAUAGAUUAGGUUGAUGAUAUUUUAUGUAGUGUUUUAAAUUUCGAAAAUAUUUUAAUAUUUAUAUUAGACUAUAAUUAUAUUUUAGGAUGUUUAUUUAUUAUUUUAUUCUAAAACAAUUUUUUCGGUUGAACCAUUAAUUAGACCGAUUAGACUAAUAAACUAAUAAAUCAGUAAUUUAAACGGUUCGAUGAUCGGUCCGGUUUUCAGAACCUUGAUCUUAACUUAUAUGCAUGAUCAAUAUAAAAUGUUUUUAUUUUAUAUAGAUAUUGAAUUGUGCAAUGUAUUUAUCAAAUAAGUUAAAACAAAUAAAUUUUAUAUUUACUUUUAUAAAUUUUAUAUUUACUAGUUACUACUCAAGUAAUUGCAUUUACCCAUAAGGUGAGUGAGCAUGGCCCGGUUUGAUCCGAAAACCCAGUGUGUGUGGAUAAAAAAUGACCCGGUUUGAUCAAAAGGCAAAAAUCGCAUCCCAAGCUCCCAGGCGUCAUCCUUCCCCUUCUUCGCAGCAGCUCCUCCUCCUCUUCGCAUCUCUGCUUCGGAUUACUCGCCACCACAACUCAGUCACCGCCGCAACUCUGUUUCACAGCCUCCUCCCUCUCUUACUCAGCUCCCUCCUUUUACCAUCGCCGGUGCCUUCUUCCUGUAGUGUUCAAAGAAUUUGUAUUGCUUGAGAGGCAAACUUGGAAACUGAUGAGAGGUAAACUCAGCUGCAAUAGUAUGUUAUCUAUGCUCGAUUUUUCAUCAUGUUUCGGACUUUUUUCGGUGAUGUAAGAAAUUAUGGUUUACUUCGAAAGGGAUAUAUUUACCAGCAGAGGUUUAGCCUUGUGAACGUUAAGUUGAAAUGGGUGAAAGAUCGAAAACUGGAUGGCGCUGUAGCUGGUCAGAAAGAUCUUAAGGCGGUUGAGAUCCUUGUUUCCAUCAUUGCCUCGUCUUCCGAAUGUUGCCUUCCCAUAUAUCGUCUUAAUCCCCAUCGCGGACAACUUGGUCUUCCUAUUGAUCUUAAGGUCUCUACCUUUAUCAGAAGAUAUCCUACUAUUUUUGUGGAGACCAAUUUUCUUGACAGUGGCGGCACUCCUGUUCCAAGUUUCGGCUUGAGUCCUCAAGCCUUGAAGCUUCACCAUGAGCAAGUUAACAUCCUUGAGCAUGAUCAGUUGGAACUCAGGGAUAGGCUAUGCAGAUUGCUUAUGCUAACAAGAGACAGGAUCCUUCCACUACAAACUAUUGAUCAAUUAAAAUGGGACUUGGGUUUGCCCAAUGAUUACCCGAGUUCUUUUGUUCCGAAUCACCCUGAUCGGUUCUCUCUUGUUCGCCUCCCUGAUAAUCGUGUUGGCUUGAAGUUGUUGUUAUGGGAUGACAAGCUCGCUGUCUCGGAGAUACUGAAGAAUGCUUCUUUACAACAAGAUCAAGAAGACAUAAAAAAUGGAACCUUAGCCUUUCCAGUUAGUUUCACAAGGGGUUUUGGUUUCAGAAGAAAAUGCAUGGAGUGGUUGAAAGAGUGGCAGAAACUCCCCUAUACUUCACCUUACACUAAUGCCUCACAUUUGGAUCCUCGUACCGAUGAAUCCGAGAAGAGGGUUGUCGGAGUCUUCCAUGAGCUCCUUCAUCUCACCCUUCAUAAACAAACCGAACGCAAGAAUGUCAGCAACUUGCGCAAACCCUUAGGGCUUCCUCAGAAAUUCACCAAAGCAUUUGAACGUCAUCCUGGUAUUUUUUACCUUUCCAAUAAGAGUGACACGCAAACGGUGAUUCUUAGAGAGGCCUACAAUGGUAGGGAACUCAUACAGAAGCAUCCCCUUGUGAGAGUCAGAGAGAAACUUGCAAAUUUAUUGAAGAAGGGGUUACAUGAUAAGAGCAGGGGUUACACAAGAGAUAUAGAUGAGUCAAACUCAGACAUAGAGAGUGAAAUGGAUGAAUAUGAUUCAGAUGGCUUCCCCAUAAUCACUAAAGAGGGAUGGGGGCGGGGCGGGUAGAGUGAUGAUGAUGGAUCUGAAGAAGAGGAACAAGAGGAGGGGGAGGAGUAGGAGGAGGAAGAAGAAGAGAUAGAGAGCGGGUUUUUAAUUCCUACAAUCAUUUGGAGUUGACCCUUGGCACUAUUACCUGACAGGUCAGCGGACAACCGGUUGUUAUCCGGUAGCAGACGUCGAUUUGUCCAUUUUCCUUAAUUAGUGGGGUCUGCUUGAGGUUUAAAGAUAAUUAAUGUACGUUAUGUCUCAGGCGAAAAAGGUCAUAGCCGGAUAGGGUAUUUACCCUUUUUAUUUAGAGCAAUGCUAGGGGGCCAGCAAUUUUUGUGAUUGUUAGCCAUCAACUAGCCAUCAAUGAUGAUUUGAUGGUGUGAGAUUGGUAUGAGAUUUCAUCCAAUAGCUCACCUUCUUCUGCUGGUUACAUGCUGGCCAAAAUUCAAUAAAACUGCUGCCCCCUAGACUUCUCCUUUUAUUUAUUAUGUGUCAUAAAAGUUGAAAUCUCAUAAAGACUAUGGUUAAGUCAAUAAAAAUCAAUUGUGCUAGUGCAUAUUAUGUA